AUGGCCGACAGCGCCAUUAGUACCGGUGCCAAACAUGACCCCGACCUACGACGGAGAAAUGUGCCAGAUGCCACCAAAGCCCAGGUGUUCACACCUGCGCCCACCGAGAAAGAUGACAAGAAGCGAAAACCACAGUCUACUUCGUUCCUGCAGGUACUAGCGGGUUGGGAACCAGUCCUGGCCCCCAUCAUCCUAACGCUGCUUUCCCUCUUCACUCGACUCUAUCGUAUCGGCCGCUCCAACAUCGUGACCUGGGAUGAAGCCCAUUUUGGCAAGUUCGGCUCCCACUACUUAAAACGCGAGUUUUACUUCGAUGUUCACCCUCCACUCGGAAAGAUGCUGGUUGGCCUUUCGGGCUACCUUGCUGGCUACAAUGGAUCUUUCGAAUUUAAAUCCGGUGAAAAAUACCCCGAAGACGUCAACUAUACCUUUAUGCGCGCCUUCAACGCUAUGUUCGGUGUUGUAUGCGUGCCAUUGGCCUACUACACGGCCCGUGACCUGAAUUUCCGCAAAGCUACUGUGUGGCUGAUCAGCUUCAUGGUCCUCUUCGAAAACUCAUAUGCCACGAUUUCCCGCUUCAUUCUGUUAGACUCCAUGCUCCUGUGCUUUACCUUCACAACUACGAUGUGCUGGGCUCGAUUCCACCGUCUUCAGCGAGCUAGCUUUACGCUAGAGUGGUAUACCUGGCUGUGUUUGACUGGCCUGAGUAUAGGCUGUGUCUGCAGUGUUAAAUGGGUCGGUUUCUUUUGCACUGCUAUUGUUGGCCUGUACACAAUCGAGGACCUGUGGAACAAAUUUGGCGACUUGAAGAUAUCUCAGGCGGUACUGGCGAAGCAUCUUUUUGCUCGUGUUGGAGGCCUAAUUGUCAUCCCAAUUCUGGUUUACAUGGCCUCAUUUUACGCGCACUUCCUCGUUCUUUCCAACAGCGGCCCGGGAGAUGCCCAAAUGAGCUCUCUCUUCCAAGCCAACCUGCGGGGUACCGAAGUUGGCAGGGAUAGUCCCCUCGAGGUUGCCCUUGGGUCACGCGUUACCCUGAAGAAUAUGGGAUACGGUGGUGGUCUUUUGCACUCUCAUGUUCAGACAUUCCCUGAAGGCUCCAACCAACAACAGGUUACUUGCUACCAUCACAAAGAUGCCAACAAUGACUGGUUUAUCUACCCUAACAGACACGAUCCGGAUUAUGAUGCCGAGGCCGACUUAAGAUUCAUCGGAGACGGCCAAACAAUUCGUCUUAUUCACGGUUCAACAGGUCGGAAUUUGCACUCCCAUGCCAUCCCUGCGCCAAUUUCCAAAUCUCACAACGAAGUUUCAUGCUACGGAAAUAUUACGAUUGGCGAUGACAAGGAUCAUUGGAAGAUCGAGGUGGUGGACGACGCUGCAUCCCGGGACCGCUCUCGGAUCCGAACACUAACCACUGCUUUCCGUCUUCGUCAUCCAGUGCUGGGCUGCUAUCUGCGGGCUGGAAAUGUCAACCUCCCACAAUGGGGCUUCAAACAGAUCGAGACUACCUGUGUCAAGGAAAACAAGCCCGGCGACGUAUACACACACUGGAAUGUCGAGUCACACAACAACGAGCGUCUACCUCCUGGCGACCCUGGCUCCUACAAGUCUCCAUUUUUGAAGGACUUCAUCCACUUGAAUGUGGCCAUGAUGACAUCCAACAAUGCGUUGGUCCCUGACCCAGACAAGCAAGAUGACCUUGCUUCAAAGUUUUGGCAAUGGCCAGUUUUGAAUGUUGGCUUGCGCAUGUGCUCUUGGGACGAUAGCGUGACCAAGUACUUCCUCCUUGGAAACCCCCUUGUUUACUGGGGAAGUACCGCCGGACUCGGUGGCUUCGGUUUGUUGUUCGUGUGGUACCUCCUUCGGUGGCAGAGAGGUUACCAAGAACUCAGCCAGGCGGACAUUGACCAGAUUCAUUAUUCCGGAAUUUACCCGCUUAUCGGCUGGGUUUUACACUACCUGCCUUUCAUCAUCAUGGCUCGCGUGACUUAUGUUCAUCACUACUACCCGGCUCUAUACUACGCCAUCUUGACCUUUGGCUUCUGUGUCGAUUGGAUCUCCCGAAGCUUAAACGCACGCUUUGUGGUCAUUAUGUAUGCCGUUCUCUAUGCCAUCGUCAUUGGGCUGUUUAUUCACUUCCGUGCCAUCGUGUUUGGAAUGGAGGGCCCUAGCCAACAGUGGAACCACCUACGCUGGUUGUCUGGAUGGCGGAUCUCGAACUAA